CUCUUCGCUGGUAUGGUGUGUCCACUCUCCAUUCCCUUCAUUGCUGACUACGAUGAAACGAAAUACGCGCAGAAGUCCUCCGACUCUGUCAAUGAUGUAGUGAGGGAUUUGCUUCCAUUUCUUGUGAUAGUGCUCAUAUUUUGGAGCAUGUAUACCAUCAUAUUUUCAGUCAUCAUCCUACGACCAAGUGGCUCUUGCGAUACCUAUGGCGCCAUCUCUCGCCUUCUUCGCAUUAUGCGAUCUGGAUUCUUCCAGAUGUUUGGCGAAUUCAGUCUAGAAGAGCUUCUUCGCUACUACGGUUUAUAA